AUUGUCAAUUUAAAAUACUUUUAUAAUUUUAUAUUAUUCAUUUUUAAUACAAUUAAUAAUAUAAGUUAUACCUAUGCUUUUGUAAAUCAGUAUUUGUUGAUAGGUGAUACUAUUCGAUAAUGUGAAAAUUAAAAAAAAAAAAAACAAUAAAAUGAUUAAAUAUGCCAAUGAAAAUAUUUUACGUAAGUAUUUAUAGUAACCCAAUAAUAAUACGCCAAUGUCGUUAAUUAUCAACACAUUAUACAAAUUACUUUUUUAACGAUUUGACUAGACGGUUUUCUGUACUUUAGUUAUUUAAUUUGGAUCAGUGACUGUUUGGAUUUAGAAAAUAUUAAAAGAGAACAUCGUCAUAAAAUUAUUAAUGAACUGUUUCAUAUUCACGCAAUUAGAGCCAUCCUAUUGCAAUUUAUAUACAUGUUGAAAAGCAGCUAUAAACACUCAUCAAGCGCGUUGAGGAAUGAGGAAUAUAUGUACGCACUACGCAAUGAGUUCUAACAAACCCACAAUCAUUUUUAGAAUAAUGCAGGGCAGAGUGGAGACUCAACUAUAUUAAAUAUUUGCUACUCAGAAUGGUUAUCACUGAUGAAACCUGGAUUUAUAUUUUUUAUGUCUUAUAUAUUUUAAAAUAUAUACCUUAACAAUCAUUCAAAAUUCUGGUCAAAGUACCUGUCAUCAAUCGAUUGAUAUUAUAAUUUGUAUUUUUUUUUUGAAAAAAAAACGUUUUGUUUAAGUUAUAUUAUAUAACACUAUAAUAUAUAUAGUAUAUAUCUAAAUAUUAAAUACGUCUAUAAAAUAAGUUUGUAAAAAAAAAAAAAUAAAUAAUCGAGAAUCGACGAUGGCUGUAACUCUGUAUAGAUAAGUAUACCAUUUGGAGUAUUUUUGGAUGUACAAACAUAUUUGAGGUAAAGUGAAAUUUAAUAAUGCAUUGAUGCACGAGAUUCAGCGCACAGUAUCGCAAUAAGUAUUAGUUUUUGAUCUCGAAUUGAAGAAAAAAAUAUAUAGCCUGUUUUUAUCCAUGAACUCUGUUCUUGCUUUUCAUAGAAAAAAAAUAUUGAACUUAAAAGUUUCUCGUGAAAUUGAUUUGUUAAAUUGUCAAAGUAAAAAAGUUAAAAAAAUAUAUUAUUAUUAUUACUAUGAUUUUUAUAGACGUAGUCUAACCGUACAGUAUUCUGUAUUUCUGUCACCAAGGCGAUGCCCGAGUCGCACGCACGAUAUACAUUUUAUAAAAUCAAUAACACGCAGAUCAACGAGCAUAAUCAUCAUAUAUUGCAGUCUGACAAUCGUAUCGCGAUUUUGUAAUAAUGUUUAUUUACAUUCCGUGUUUGGCAUUGUUGGCGUGUCUGCACUCCGCGGUCGGAGCUCCAAUCAGGUUCGCCAAAAUAUACGGGCUGUCGAGGAUGCCGUCGUCCGUUUACGGCAGAGAUGCCAACAGUUUUUGGACGCAGAAACAGCGCCCGCAAAACCUCGGUGACCGCGGCCUCUGGGUCUCGGCCUUCGACCCGUAUACGUCGGUCGUGAUCGGCCGCGAACAAGACUGUCGAUCGGCCACGGUCUUCAAAAACGACGCCGAUAUGUGGUCCGCGGUCAUGAUCGGCCCCGAACAAGACUGCCGAUCGGCCACGGCCGUCGAAAAUACCGAUCAGUGGCCCCCGAUCGUCCACUGGGCUCGCCGUCCCGACGUCAGUGCGGCCGCGGACGUACACUGGCCGGCGGACGAAACCGUUUCGAUGACGACUUAUUAUGGCAAAGCUGCAGGAAAACACACCAAUAACGACGGCAACACCAACAAUUUGACUCAUAAAUUACUAGUCUUCUUAAUAAUCAUCUUAAUAGUGAUAUUUUUAUGCGUCCAUCCAAGAUUUAAUUUUUUGUUAGUAAUUCAUAAGGAAACUAGAAGAUAUUAAUUAAAUAAAUAU